CGUCGCUCUCGCCUCAACCUCCGCCGUGUAGCUGCUUCUCCUCUCCUCUCCUCCACCUCUUUCUCCCUCUCCCUCUCUCUGUACUCCUUGUCUCUACAACUAACCCACUUCACCCUUACUAUUGUCGCUCUUCUUCCUCUUUUCCUUUUUUCUUUAGUUCUUUUUCUCACCAUCUCUACCGAGGCGAUAUUCUGGCGAUAAUAGUUCGUCGCCAUCGGUUCGUUGAUACCUCUCUAGGUCGGAUUUGAGUGGCUCGGUUGCCUCCAUCUCAGAGUUGGUCACCUUGAUCACAUUUUGUUCCUGUCCUCAGUGCGACCUGAUUCUUACCUGAAUUUCUUUGUCACAAGAUCACCAUGGCUGAACCUGAGGACGUUGAGGAAGAUCUUUUCGCGGAUCUGUAUGAAGCCGACGACAAUACAAGCCAUACCAUUCCCAGUACGGAAACUUCAAAAUCCGUCGAUCCUGUGCCCUCAGCUCCACCUAUCAAUCCCUCCCAAAUCCCUAUUCAAUCUGUUGAAACUGGCCCGAUCGAGUUCGAGACAGACGCUGCAUACCAUCACGCGUAUCAAGGAGUCCACCAGAAUGGCACGGAUAAUGUAGGUAGUGGGCGUGCACAUCAUGCCAUGUCUGGUGGUGGUGAGUCCGAGCCCCGAGGCACUGGUAUUAAAGAAGACGGGAAAAUGUUCAUCGGGGGUUUGAACUGGGAGACUACGGAUCAAUCUCUGAAGGACUACUUUUCUCAGUUUGGAGAGGUACAGGAAUGCACUGUGAUGCGAGACAGUGCUACUGGUCGCUCUAGAGGUUUCGGUUUCUUGACUUUCAGAGAUCCCAAGACAGUGAACACUGUCAUGGUCAAGGAGCACUACCUAGAUGGGAAGAUUAUCGAUCCUAAGCGUGCGAUCCCCCGUGACGAGCAAGAGAAGACUAGCAAGAUCUUUGUUGGUGGUGUCAGCCAAGAGGCCAACGAACAUGAUUUCAAAGAGUUUUUCGCUCAAUUUGGCCGCGUCAUCGAUGCCACCCUGAUGAUCGACAAAGAUACUGGUCGUCCCCGUGGCUUCGGAUUUGUGACCUUCGAUAGCGAGGCUGCCGUCGAGGCCGCUCUCUCGGGCCCCUUGGAGAUUUGCGGAAAGCCCAUAGAGGUCAAGAAAGCUCAGCCAAGAGGUAACUUGCGUGAUGAAGAAGACCGCAGGUUCCGCCGCGGCAGGGACGCUUUCCGAGAGGGUGGUCAAAUGGGGGGUGAUGGCUCCCAGCAGCAAGCGGGUGCACCGGGACAGGCCAACAUGGCUGGUGGAUUAACACCGCAAAUGAUGGCACAGUACUGGCAAAGGAUGCAGCAGUAUUUUGCUCUGAUGCAACAGCAAAUGGCUGUCGCUGCCGCUCAGGGUCAGGGAAUGGGCGGAAUGGGAAUGGGUGGAAUGAACCCUGCUAUGAUGCAGCAGAUGCAACAAAUGAAACAGAUGCAACAGAUGCAGAUGGGCAACAAUCAGCCUCAAGGCAGUCUCAGUCCUCCUUCGCAGAGUGCAACUCCUCAAGCCAUGCCGAACAUGAUGAACCCCGCUAUGAUGCAGCAGAUGCAACAAAUGCAGCAGAUGCAGAGUCAGGGGCAGGGCAACAACGUCGGGGCCAUGCCGGCUCAAAUGGGAAAUGCUAUGGGUGCAGGAGGAGGCGGUGGUGGUGGCGGUGGUAGUAGUGGUGGUGGAGGAACACCAGGCAGUGCUAAUGGAAAUGGGAGCUUUACUGGUCCUCGAGGGGGGCCUGGUUAUAACGCCCAGGAACAAAUUGCUUUUGAACAGCAAAAGUAUGAGCAGCAGCAGGUACGCCGAGCCAUGGAGAACCGGGCCUUUUCGCCGUACCAGCAGGGCGGGCCCACUUCGUGGGAAGGCAUGUACGAUGAAGUGCCCCAGCCUAACAUCCCUACUGGACCCCAGGCCAUGAAUCGUGCUGGAAGCAUGGGACGCGGACCCACUCCCCAACCUCAAAGCGCUGCCCCGGCAAACGCUCCCACAGGACCCAAGAACGCCGGCAAACCAGGCGCCAACUAUCGUGGAGGAGGACGAGGAGGACACCGAGGCUUCCAUCCCUAUUCCCGGGGAUAGGCCGGUUCCCUUAUUUUGUGUGUGCGAAUAGGUGUAUCGUUCUGCUGUGGUCUCUUUCCGUUCUCUUGUUACUGUCAUGGUUUUGGUCCUUUUCCCUGCCAUCAUUGAUGAUGUCUAAUGUAACUUUCCGAGUGAUGCUUUCAUUCAUUUCCCCCUCUCAUGGCUGCUUUUUACCUCCUGUCGAAGUCUGGAGUCUCCUCGGAGGAAGGUUUCGAGUCGAACAAGAAAAACCAAGAGUCGGUGUGUUGCAUAUAAUCCAAAUUGGCGUUACCCUCAGUACUUCUUAUGUCAAUUUUUCAGUUUGAAAACAAAAUCACUGUUC